CAUAAUACUUUCAAAUUUAAGCGCUAAUAAGUCAGUACAUGUGUUCCGGAACUAGGCUGAUGAUCGUAUCCUUUGUUAUCACAAGCCGUGGUGGCAUACACAGCUGUAAUUCACAACAAUGGUGGUGCCGGUCGUGUUUUAGGUUAAAAUUGUGUGGUUUUCAGUGAUUUUAGUCCGAUUAGCAUUGUGAAAAAUGGACAAUAGGAUUACAAUAUGUGACCCGGACGAAGAAGAAGAAAUCGACAAUGAAAUAUUUCGAGAUAUUGAGCCAGUCACGUGGAUCAAUGAUGAUCCAAACUAUGAUUUGGAUGAAAUCAACAUGUUCUUCCAUAGGGUGGAUUCAGAUCAAAUUAUAUACGAAGAGAAAAAGAAAAAAUGUAAAUUUAUUGGUAAAUAUGUUAUGGGUGAUGUUCUUGGUGAAGGUAGUUACGGAAAGGUGAAAGAAGUGCUGGACUCAGAGACACUUUGUCGAAGAGCCGUGAAAAUUUUAAAAAAGAAGAAACUUCGUAGAAUCCCAAACGGAGAGCUUAACGUUCAACGGGAGAUAAAACUAUUAAGGAUAUUAAAACAUAAGAAUGUAAUUAACCUUGUAGAUGUUUUAUAUAAUGAUGAAAAGGAGAAGAUGUACCUAGUUAUGGAAUUUUGUGUUUGUGGAUUACAGGAUAUGCUAGGAAGCACACCCCUUAAGAAGCUUCCAAUUUGGCAAGCACAUGACUAUUUCUGUCAGUUGUUGGAUGGUUUAGAAUACCUUUAUAGUAAAGGAAUAGUACACAAAGACAUAAAGCCAGGAAAUUUGUUAUUAGCUUUAGAUGGUACUUUGAAGAUUAGUGAUUUUGGUGUUGCAGAGGCAUUAGACAUGUUUUCUGAAGAUGAUACAUGUAAAAUGGGACAAGGUUCACCAGCAUUUCAACCUCCUGAAAUUGCAAAUGGCUGUGAAACAUUUUCUGGUUUUAAAGUAGAUAUAUGGAGCAGUGGAGUUACAUUGUACAAUAUAACCACAGGUCAAUACCCUUUUCAAGGCGAUAAUAUUUAUAAAUUAUACGAAAAUAUAGGAAAAGGUGAAUAUACAAUACCUGAAGAGGUAGAAGAGCCUUUAAGAUCUCUUAUACAAGGAAUGUUACAAAAAGAUUCAGAUAAAAGAUUUAGUUUACAAGAAAUUAAAAAUCAUCCAUGGACUAUAUGCAGGUAUCCUAGAACAGAAGAAGAAGUGCCUAUACCUCCCCUUAAAGGACACAAAUGGCACAGUAUGACUGUAUUACCGUACCUGAUGGAAUAUCAUUAUGGAGGUGAUGACAAUCCAAUAUAUUACACUGAACACCAAUUGAAUGAAGAAAAAAGGCUUCAAGAAUUGGACAGAAUCAGUGAAGACCAAAAAGCUACAUGGAAUAGUCACAACAAACCUAAUUCACAUCAAAGUAAACGAAGAUGGCGUAAACCGAUUUCAUGUAUUAACGUUAAGAAAUUUCCAUCUUGUAAGCCAUCGUGAUUUGACACAUUGUCAUGCUUAUUUUUUUAUUACAUAUUUUCCUGACUAUGUCAGAU